GACUUCUACGUCCAGUACGUGGAGCUGGAGCCAGGGCUGAGGGUGAAGCUGCAGUUCUGGGACACGGCCGGGCAGGAGAGGUUCAGGUCUGUGACUCGCUCCUACUACCGCAACUCAGCCGGGGGAAUGCUGCUCUUCGACCUGACCAACCGCGCGUCCUUCGAGAGCGUGCGGCAGUGGCACCGGGAGGUGACAGACACCAUCCAGCCCUUCAGCAUCAUCUUCCUGCUGGUGGGACACAAGAGCGACCUGGCCGGGCAGCGCAGGGUGGCCCGGAGGGAGGCAGAGAAGUUGGCAGCCUCCCUGGGCGUGCAGUACGUCGAGACCUCGGCCAAGGAUGCCAGCAACGUGGUCCAGGCCUUCCAGAUGUUGACCGUGGCCAUCUACCAGGCGCUGCAGACAGGGAGGUUGGCUGCCCCCGAGGCCUGGGAUGGGGUGAAGAGCAGUGUCCCGCUGCCGGCGCCGCGCAAGGCUCGGGAGGUGGAGAAGGAGGAGAAGAGGAAAAGAUGCUCGUGCUAG